AAAUAUAAUUAUAGUCCAAAGUUUUUUUCUAGAUAGUACAAACUGGUAACAGUAUGUUUAUUCGUUCUAAAAUUUACAAAACCCCAAGCAUUUCUGGAAAACGAACAACGGCAGCUAUUUUGUUAAGAUAAUCGUCAACAAUGAGUCACACAAUCCUUCUUGUGCAGCCCAACACAAAGCCUGAUACACGCACAUAUAGCGACUAUGAAUCACUAAACGAAUGUCUUGAGGGCAUCUGCAAGAUAUAUGAAGAGCAUCUGAAGAGACAGAACCCAGACUGCCCCAGUAUCACAUAUGACAUCAGCCAGUUGUUUGACUUCAUUGACCAGCUCAUGGAUCUCAGCUGUUUAGUAUUCCAGAAGAACCUUGGCACAUACGUCCCACACAACAAAGACUGGCUGAAAGAGAAGAUCUACAUCAUGCUUAGGAAACAGGCUGGCAGAUAAAUGAGUUGUCUACCUUGGACUGUGUGUGGUUUACAAAUGCAUGGGACACUGUAUGGCUGAAAGGUCAUGCUUGUGGUAGUGAAACUUAUAUCAUUUCAAAAGGUUACAAAUGUAGGUGUUUUGUAAUGUAGUUGACAUUUUUCAUUUGUGUUACAACACUGUAUUGUCUUUUUCCUGUAUGUUUGUUUUUAGUUUCAUAGAUUAUAGUUAUUCAACACAUGUGUGGGUUAAGAGAGCGCGUUGAGUAUGGUAGCCUAUUAUUUGGUGUAACUUUUUGUAAUGCUAUCAUGUUUUGGGGUGUCUGUGUAAGUUUAUGAACUAUUAAAGCCCAACUUUUCAUUCAGUCUCUUCUCAUUGUCAUUCAUGUUUAAAAUCACAUAAUUGUAGCUUUGUGAAUUGUUUAAGUAGAAUGAUAUAUGUGAGGCCUUGUUGUGGUAUUUCUAAGGAAAAAUAAUUGUAUUGUGUUGCAACUGUUGGAAUAGAAUAUUGAAAAAGAAUGUUUCAGAACUUAAACCCUAAUUUCAUUAAACAUUGACAAGUGCACUGCUUGCUUAUAAUACUUGGUUAAAUAAGACAUGUAUUGUAUUUUGUAGUUUUUGUCCCCUACCGGUGAAACCGAAGGGGACCUAUGGUUUGCACUCUGUCUGUCAGUCUGUCCGUCACACUUUUCUGGAUCCUGCGAUAACUUUAAAAGUUCUUCCUAUUUUUUCAUGAAACUUGAAACAUGGAUAGAUGGCAAUAUGGACACUAUGCAUGUCUUUUUAUUUUGUUCCUACGUCAAGAAUUCUGGUUGCUAUGGCAACAACAACAAUAAAAAAAAUUACUGACAAUGAUGGAGUUUCACAGGUAGGGGACAAUAUUGCUUGGCAAUCUCUUGUUCUCAACUGUUUUUAGCAUAUUCGUAGUUUAUGGUAAAAGGGGACUAUAAUUUUUAUUAAAGGAGAAUUUCAGUGUUUAUCUGCUAUAGCAAGUUUAUAAGUUAUUUUCUUUUAGUUGUUAAAUUUUCAUGGUAUCAUCAUUGAUUUCUGGGCUCGAGUGUGUUGGUUUAAGGAAGUCAGUAUAUGAGCUUGCUGUACCAUAAUAUUGCAAAUUAAUAUUUUAUCUGCUUUCUUUUAAGUUCGCUCAUUUGUAUUUCAUCCAACCUUUUGUAUAAUGUAUGAAAAUUGAAAGAAAUAAAAGAACAACACUUU